AUGCAGUUGCGAUGGAGUAUUUGCCUGGUGGCACUGCUGAGGCCCUGCAUUCCAGAACAGACCUGCAGCGACGAGUCGUCAUGCAAAGCUUUUGACACUUCCAACGUGCUGGGGCCACUGGAGCUUGCGCGCGAUGGCGAGAUGGGACAGCCCAACGAGGCAGGGCUGGUGACGCUGCAAGUUGCAAGCGACGGCAUCCGCUGGCAGAUUGGCCACGUGCUUCCGGAGCGGCGGUCUAGAGACUUGCAGCGAAGUGCGGAACGGCUAGCUGAAGGGGCCAUCUCGCCUUUGCGGAUGACCGACACAGAGCUCCUGGUCGUCUUGAGGGGCCUUCAAGGGCGUAUUCGUGGCACGCGGUUAUCGCUUGUCGGGGAUGCACAAGGGAUGGAGGAUCUGGGCUGGCUGGAGGAUGGCUCGCUGCCUCGCGCCACGGCCCUCAGCCGGUUGUCCAGCCAAGGCGCCUUGGCAGUAGGCCACCGCGCGGGACUGGCGUCUGUGUGGCGCUAUCAGGAACAGGGCAAGCCUGGGUGGGCUCUGACUUCUACAGCAAAAGUUUCGCACCACGAAUGGGAAAGCGUGAUCCUGACUGUUCUUAGUGACGACAGCCGACUUCUUCUUGCAGCGAGCGAGGACAACGUCAUGCUGUUCUACUUGUUUCCCGCGCAGAAUGAGCCAAAGGAGCUCUUUCACUUGCACGGGGGCGCCUCCCAGGUCAGCGCUGCAUGCAUCUUGCACCUGACUGGCGAAGCACCUAGGUAUCUGCUCGUGCUCGCUAUGCAGAGAGGAGGACUUCAAGGCUGGAUGGUGGAUGAGUCGGGCGCCAGGGUCAUUUGGAAGAUCCCACGCGCCAGCUCGCCAAUUAUCUCCAGGCUUGACUUGGCGCAGACUUCCGAGCCACCCACGACUCUUCUCUUAGCGGCGGGCGACGGCUCCGGCAUCAUAACGGUCUGGUCCUUGAACCUCAAUGGUGAGCUGGCCUCACCCAACAAUGGCCGCUGGUCACAGGCGCCGAGCCGCCGCGCACUGCCCAUCUCAGGUCUGCAGCUGCUGCACAUCAAGCCGGCCAUGGUGGGCAUCUUACGCUAUGGCGUGAUGGCGCCGCAGUGGCUGCUCAGCGUGUCAACGGAGAAGGAUGUCUACGUCCUGGAUGCCCUGAAAGGAUCGGUCCUUCACAGGGUCGAGGAGUCACUAGUCUACAGCAUGUCACAGCUUCUGACAUCUUUGAGCACUCAAAAGGUCGUAGAGCUCUUGCAUGUCUUUGCAUCCUUGCUGCGUAUCGUGAGGCUUGUCCGCAUGGGUGCUGCGUGCAAGGCAAACCAGUCGACACUGCUCGCUACAGACAUGCAUAUCACGGAGAACCUCGUGGUACACGUGCGGCACAAGCAAACUCCAGACACGCGCUGUGGCCUCGAGCUGAUCGGACAAUGGCUUUUCAGGACUUCCCGGGUGCUGGUUACCUCCGCCUGCGCGGCCGGGAAGCUCAAACUCUGGUACGGAGGCCCGCAGAUCGUGCAGCCUGGUGGAGACGCCUUGCAGGAUCUGGUCAUUGGAGGUUAUGCAAUUACGCUAGUUUCCGAAUUUUUCGCGGAGUUUGGCAUUAUGGAGGAGAACAUUGCUUUGGGCGUGAACGCGCAGGGCCGGCCCAGUGGUGAGGCGUGGGUCCAGUUCCUCGAUGUGCCAAGUGCAGAUGAAGCCAAGUUGGGGGCAGAGCUUCUCUUCGUUGUGAGCAAAAUACCGAAGCCUGGAGUCUGA